CAGAUGGGUAUUAUAUAAGGGUGGGGAUGUCAAAGGGGUAGUAGAAAGAAACCAUUCUUUCCUUAUCAUCUUCUUCUUCAACCAACAAUCCUCCAUCUUUGUUCUUAAACAUAAGAUUAAAAAUGGGGAAUUGUCAAGCAGUAGAUGCAGCAGCUUUAGUGAUACAACACCCAUCAGGAAAGAUUGAAAGGAUGUAUUGGUCCGUAACCGCGGGUGAGAUCAUGAAGAUGAAUCCUGGACAUUAUGUUUCUCUCAUCAUUCCAUUACCAGGUGCAGAAAACCAUGAUGGUUCUGGUAAUAAAACUGUUCGGUUUACACGCGUUAAGCUUCUUAGGCCUUCCGACACGCUUGUUCUUGGUCGUGCUUAUCGCCUUGUUACCUCUCAUGAAGUUAUGAAGGUGUUGCGAGCAAAGCGACAAGCGAAGAUGAAUAAGGAACAGUCGGAAACAAUGGUGGAAAAGGAAAAUGAUGGUGACAAAUUGGAGAGUUCGAGCCGGGUGUUGGCACAUGAUAGAACAAGCAGGCAACGGUCCGGAUCGUUUUCAAAGUCAAAAACAUGGAGACCGUCGUUGCAGAGUAUCUCCGAGGCUGCAACUGCUAGCCGAUAGAAUUUCAAUAUAAUGGUCUGAUCAAAGAAGAUUAAAUGAUACAUUUGUAUAGUUAAUAAUAACAAAGGACGCGCAACAACAACACGGACAAAUUUUGAAGGAAUAUGUGUUAAGUCUGGAGUCGAAAGUUGCCUCCUUUUUGUUUUCUAUAAUGGACUAAUGUCAUAAAUAUGUGUAAACAAGAAGUAUGAAUCUUAGCAUGAGUAUUGUUAGGAUGAUUUGGAGUU